GGAAGCGGCGGCGGCGGCCAUGGCGGCGGAGGCGGGCUCGGUGCGGCUAUGGGCGCGCACCGAGCCGUUCCUGGUGGGCGCUCUGCCGGCGCCGCCGCCCGCCCGCCUCGCUCCGCACUACCUGCGCAAGGCCGCCGCCUACGCCCGCGCCAGGGCCGCCCAGGGCUGUUUACCGCGGCUGCGCUGGCCCCGCUGGCGCCACAUCGCCUGCGGGAAGCUGCAGCUCGACCGCGACCUCGCCUGGCUCUACUUCGAGCUCUUCCGCGGUCUCCUCGAGCCCGACCCACCCCGCCGCCUCCGCUGGGCCGAGGCCGAGGCCUCCUGUGCCAGCGCCGAGGAGUUGGAGCGGGAGCGGAGCAAGCUGUCCGUGGACACGCUACAGUUCCUGCUGUUCCUGUACGUGCAGCAGCUCCACAAGGUGUCCCUGCGCAGGUCCCUGCUCGGCGACGAGUGGCCCAGCCCCAGGACCGCAUCUCCCGGCUUUCCUGGGAAAUCCGCCGGCGGGAAUAAGAACUGGAAUGACCAGGAGCACCGAGCCUUCGUGCAGAGCCACCUCCUGGACAUGCUGGAGCUGCUGCUGGAGCCAGAGCAGCUCUCGGCCUCGUCCCACUCCAGCUCCAGCAGCCUGGUGUCCCUGGAGGCCGUGGGUGCCCUGAGCCUCCUGCUCGAGGGCUCCGUGGGCGCUUCCCGGGCGGUGCGGCCGCUCCACGAGCUGGCCCUGUGCCCACCCUGCCACCCCCACAACGGCUUCUCCCAGGGGGCCAGAGCCUUCUCCCUGCCCCGGCUGGAGAGCUGGAUCCGCUCCUGCCUCACCGCCAACCCCUUGGGAAUGACCGCCUGCAUCAGGGCCGGCAGGAAGCUGGCGUGGGCACAGCAAGUUGAAGGAGCAACCAGGAGAGCCAAGAUUGCCUGCAGUGCCCGGGUGGUGCCCGAGGUGUCCCCCAUGGUGAUCAUGAGCCAGGUGUACAAGCAGACCCUGGCCAAGAGCUCGGACACCCUGGUGGGGGCCCACGUGAGGAUCCAUCGCUGCAACGAGUCCUUCAUCUAUCUCCUGUCCCCCCUUCGCUCCGUGACCAUCGAGAAGUGCCGGAGCAGCACGUUCGUGCUGGGCCCCGUGGAGACGUCGGUGCACGUGCAGAGCUGUGACGGCGUCAGGGUCAUGGUGGUUUGCCACCGCCUGUCCCUGGCAGCCACCACCGGCUGCACCUUCUACACUCUGACACCCACCCAGCCCCUCAUCCUCUCGGGGAACCAGGGGGUCAGCUUUGCCCCUUUCCACACCCACUACCCCAUGCUGGAGGACCACAUGGCUCAGGUGGGCUUGGCCACUCUGCCCAACUACUGGGACAGCCCCAUGCUGGUGUGCAGGGAGAGCAGUGACACGGGCGUGUUCCGCCUCCUGCCCCCCUCGGACUUCUACACCUUCGUGAUUCCCUUUGAGAUGGAAGGAGACACCACGGAGACGCCGGGGGGGCUCCCCCAGGAGUACCAGGAGGCUCUGAGGCAGCGGGAGCAGCGGGUGCAGGUGUGGCAGCGCGCGGUGAAGGAGGCGGGUCUGACCAGGUGA